GCGGCCACACUGAUGACUAAUAAUUUUCGUGUUUUGUAAAUAUUGGACUUUUAUACAAUUCAAGGAAAUGCACGGACGCGUAAAAGUCAGGACCACAGAGGAGGAACGCGAGCGGAAGAAGAAGGAGCAGGCUCUGAAAGUCCGGUCCUACCGUGCAGCUAUGGGAAGGAUUCAGAAAAAGAGGGAAGCAGGGGAGCUAGACAACGAAAUGCUCAGCCUGACGGUUCAGAUCUUGCUGCGGAACCCGGAUGUGAGUACCCUGUGGAAUAUCCGCAGGGAGUGCGUCCUGGAGAAGCUGUCCAAGCUGAAGAAAGAGGAGGCCACAUACGAGGCGCCCACCGAGGAGAAGCUAGAGGAGGAAAAACAAGCUGGUGAUGAGGAGGAUAAGGCGAGUGAAAAGAAGACCCUUCCAGUGGACAAGGCCCAAUCCUAUUUCACCUGCGAACUGGAUCUCACCGAACAGUGCCUAAUGGUCAACCCGAAGUCCUACAACGCCUGGCACCACCGCAGCUGGACCCUGGAAAAGAAUCCUCGAGCGGACUGGCAGCGGGAGGUGCACCUGUGCAACAAGUACCUCAAGUUUGACGAACGCAACUUCCACACCUGGGACUACAGACGCUAUGUGACCGGAAAAGCCAUGGUGCCAGCUGCCGAGGAGCUAGACUUCUGCACCGAGAAGAUCAAGGUAAACUUCUCGAACUACUCCAGCUGGCACCACCGUAGUCUCUUGCUUCCGGGGCUAUAUCCAAACCAGCAAAGAGACCGGCCUAUGAGUGAGGAAAAGUUGCAAAAGGAACUUGAAAUGGUGCUGACAGCUGCUUUCACGGAUCCCAACGACAGCAGUGCUUGGUUCUACCAGCGGUGGUUGCUGGGCAGCGGCGCCCAGUUGGAUCGGGCUCCAAGGAUAGCUGCUUUUCGACUGGAGUCACACGGAGCAGUCCUCGCCCUAGAUAAGCCCUACCCAGAUAUCAAACAAUUGAGGACUGAGCUAAUUUGUGAAGAGAAGACAAUUUUACUGAAAUCUUGGCUACCAUUGGACAAGCUCGGAACCAGCUGGAAGUGCCAGCAAAACUUUAAUUGCCAAAGACACUCAUCUUACUCUCUGAGGCUUUCCGACCAAAUCGUAAACCUCUCGCCUAUGUCAGGCUCGGAAAACGGAGCCCAUUACUUUACGCCACCACAUGGCACCGCAAGUUGCAGCAAGGACCUGUUGGCGGAGCUGCAAACGCAGCUGCAAUCCUGCCUAGAUCUUCUGGAGUUUGAGCCGGACAGCAAGUGGACCCUACUAACAAGUGCCCUUUUAAUGCGUGCAAUCGAUUUUUCAGCCAAUCACGAAACGAGUUUGACGAACUUGGCCAAGCUGGAAAAUGUGGAUUUUUUAAGGCAGGGUUACUACAAGGACCUCGCUGCCAGGUGGACCUUGGAGUCGGAGCUGGCCAAGUGGCCUCAAUCUGCCGAAUUUCCCAAGAGAUUCGACAUAGCGGAUAAAGUACUGCUGGAAUCACUUCCUUAUGGUCAAUACUUGGUCAUCGCUGAUGAAAUAACCGUUCCCAACAAACUAAGAGAGAAAUUGGGGGAUUCACUGCCCAAAACGUUUGCAGACUUGAAGAGGCAGUCGUAGACUAUCGGUGAAUCGGUUUCAAUAAAUAAGCCAUAUUUUACAUUUGGUGCUGAACCGUUUUUGGCGAUUGGGUGCUCUAAAACUAAAAAUGGUACAAUAGUACCAAUAGUUAAUUUAAACUUUGCAAUUAUUCCUAUUUAUUCUUUUGUAUGAAAAGAAAUGUUAUGUAUUAAAAUUAUGAUACCCAAUUUUUCGCUUUUUGUA